AUGUAAAAUAAAAAUAGAAGAUCAAAUACCAAUGAUUUAAUCUUAGAAAAUUAAUUAGAUAAUCUAACACAUCAUUAAAGAAAUUCUUUAACAAUAAAAAAACCUUAUCAUUUGAACAGACAAAAAAAAUCAUUCAAAGCUUAAAUUUUUUCAUCAUAAAAAGAAGAAUAAAUAGAAAAAGAUACUUUUCAAAAAUUUAAUGAUUUUGGAAGUCUAUCAAAAAAAAAACAACAAUCUAAAAUAAAUUCAGAAUCAAAACUACCAAUAAUAAAUAAAAUUAGAUCAUAUUCUUCCCAACUUCAAACCUACAAUUAACCAAGCUCCGAUUCUACUGCUGAAUUAAUCAACAAUAUUAAAUAAGAAAAAAUAUGUAAUUUUAUAUAAGUAUUACUCUAGCUAUGAGGCUAAUAUUUAAAUCUAUAAAUCAAAUUUUAAGUAAACAUUCAUAAAAACCUAUUUAAACAAAGAAUACAGGAGAAUUUCAAAAUGAAAAAAAUUUUAAUAAUUAAAACACAUUAAAGUAACUAUCAUUAUUAUUAAGACUGUCAGAAUUUUUAAAUUAGAAUAAAAAUCAUAUGAUUGAUAUAGGAAAAUAUAUUUAAGAUAGAAUAGAAUAAAAGAGAAUUAAUAAUUUUCAAUAAUAAUAUAAAAAUGCUGCUAAAUAUCAAAGUGAAGAAGGUAUUUUCUAUUUUAGAUUUUAAUUAGAUAUUAAUGGUGAUGUUUUCACUAGUAAAGAAUUAUAAAAAAUUGAAGAAAUAAAAAAUAGAAGAAAAGUUAUUAUCCAAAUGGCUCAAAAAAAGUCUCCAAAGUUUCUCUAUCCUUUGGGUCCAAAAAUAAGAGUUCGUAACUAUUCUUUAGAAAACCAAUAUUUUUAGAUUUAAUAAGAUCAAAUGAAUAGAGCUAAAGGAUGUUAACUCUAUCAUAACAAUAGAAAUAUAUCUAAUUAGGAAGAUGAAAUUUCUAUUUAGAAAUUAAACAGUCCACCUAAAGAUAAAUUUUUUCCGACUUCAUCAAUGUAAGAGGAUUAUCUAAAUAUUAAAAUUUAAUAAAUAUUGAGAUCUCUAUUGUGA